GUAAAAACCGGAAGACCGGAUAAUUACAAAACAGCUUUAGAGGCCCAGAAUAAGCCCAGCCCAGGGACAGGCCAACCUAAGGCCUCUCGGCCCACUCACCCGGCCCAGGCGAGCUUCUGUUCCUGUAGCCUGUAGGGUUGCUGGGAAACCUCAAUCUUCCAUUUCUGUUUUGCCGCCUCCCUCUCCAUCGCGAUUCGCGGCAUCCCCAAUUCCCCAUCACGAUUCUGCCUUCCAUCGCGAUUCGCAGGCAUCGCCGUCGAUGGAGUCUCGGACCAUCGCGACGGCGACGACGACCUCCUCCCGUUGCUGGUCGCCUCCCUCCUCUCUGCGACGUGACGUCGCGACCCAGCUACAGCCUACAAGCCUCCACUCCGUCCCGUCGCGACCCAGGAAGCCUCCGCCCUCAACUCCCUCCCGUCGCGACCACCUCCGAUCAGCUCCACGACGCCGCGCGACCAGCCAGCCAGCAUCUCGUCGGCCGUCGCCCUCCGUUCCAAAAGACGACCCAGAAAGCUCCAAAAGACGACCCUACAUCUCGUCGUCGUCCGUUCGUCUACAAGCACAACCGGCAACAGCUGCAAAAGUCAGAAAUAUGGAAGGAAGCAGCAGCUGGGGUAGUAAGAAGCGAGUUCCGGCAUCAAGAGAAAGUGGAGAUUUGCCUCCUCUUCCUAGUAAGAAGCGACCACAACCACAAGCUUCAAAGGCAGCUGUUGAAAGUGGGAAUAAUAGUGGAAAUGUUAAUGUUCAAGCCGCUGCCACUCAAGAACAAGAACGGCCAGCAGCUACCAACACCACAACAACACCUGAAAUGGAGAAGACCAAUAGGGAGUAUGUGUUAAGGUCACCUGUAUGGCAGCAUUAUGAUUGUUACAAAGAUGCUAAAGGCAAGAAGAAGGCAAGGUGUCAUUACUGUGGAAAGUCACUGGCUGGGGAUCCCUCGGGAAAUGGUACAAGUUCUUUGGGUAGGCAUACUCAAAGGUGCUUAAAGAAACAAAAAGAAAAGGGGAAGCAGUUGAAUCUAGAACUCAAUCCAACUUCUGUUGAAGGGCAAGGAGUUUUGGGGACUUGGAAAUUUGAUCAAGAAUUUAUCAGAGCUGGGUUAGUUGAAAUGAUAAUUCUGGAUGAAAUGCCGUUUAGGAGUGUGGAGAAAGAAGGAUUUAAGCGCUUCAUGGCACGUGCUUGUCCGAUGUUUAAGAUUCCAAGCAGAAGAAGUAUUAGAGAAGAUUGUUUUAGAUUGUUUCUUGAACAGAAGGGCAAGUUGAGAGAUUACUUCAAGAUCAAGAGUGGAGGAAGGGUGUCCAUAACUACCGAUAGUUUUGGUGAAAGAGUUGAAUGAUGAACUUGAGAAGUUGUUUGAAUAUUAUCAGAGUAAGAUGCCUCCCCCUGCUCCUUCUUCUCCUUCAAAACGUCGAGUACAAGUUGCCACUUCAAGUUCACCGAGGUCAGGUAGUGAUUCUGAUGAAUCUUAUGAUGAUUAUGAUCCUGAUGAUGAUUAUGGAAAACCUCAAGCUGGUCAUACUAAGAGUGAGUUGGAGAAGUAUCUUGUUCACCCUCGAGAAUAUGAUGAUGCUGAAGAAGAGUUUGAUGUGUUGAAGUGGUGGAAGACUAAUGCUAUGAGGUAUCCCAUCUUGAGUGAGAUGGCAAAGGAUCUGUUUGCUAUUCCUAUGUCAACUGUUCCUUCCGAGUCCGUUUUUAACACAAGUGGGCGUGUUUUAGAUGAAUUUAGGAGCUCUUUGCAUCCUAAGAUUGUGGAAGCUCUCAUAUGCAGUCAAGAUUGGCUUAGAUCAAGUUCUAGUGAGUUUGUGGAGCAUCUUGAUGGUGAAGAUGAUGACUAUGAGGAUCAAGAAGACUUCGUGAAUGUUUACAAUGCUAUUAUGGUGGAUGAGGCGGAAAGGUGUGAGCAUGUGAAUGAACACGAAGGUACAAGUACGAGCAAUGUCGGAGGGAGUGAUGUGUUUGGCUCGAGGAGUGGAACAAAUCAAGGAGGUGGAUCUAACGCUUCAUUAUUUCUCUUGAACCUGAUGAGUAGAAAUGGUUUGGUGAAUUUGUUAGAUUGGAGUGAAUUUGGUGUUUGAUGUCUAAACUUUGUUUGUGAACUUGUGAUGCACUUUAUUUUUAUUUUGAAGUUUGAAUUGGACUUUGAGUUUGUAAUAGACAUCAAUGAUGGUUGUGAAUCUUGUGAUUUUGUAUUGGACCAUAUUUGGCUUGAUUUUUGCUACAAACAGG